CGUUAUACAUGGAAGUGUUUUCACCACCACCACAAAAAGACUCGGUAGCAGAUGCAUAGUAGAUAAGAGGAAUUGGAUUUCAUCGACGAUCAUUAUGAAUACUUGCACCAUUAUUAUGAAUUCCAUUAAGGUUCCUUCCCCUUUAUUAAUAAAGUCUUUUAAAGCAUUCCCACCAUUCAAAUGUCGCAGCAAGAGCUCAGAUGAGAGGGGAAGCAAUGAUGUGAAGGACACGCUAUCUGGGAUGGUGGACGAGCAAGUUGAAGAGCUCUUGAGCAGAAAAGAGAACAAGGUUUUGUUGGAUGGGUUAGAGAAGGCGUCUCAGAGGGUUGAGAUGGCUAAGAGAGAACUUGCUUUGAUCCAAAAACAAGAAAUUUCUGUCAAGCAGUUCAAGGAUUACGUCACCCAGAUUGAAGACAAAGUUUUAGAGAUUGCAGAAUGUCAAAAAGAAAUAUUAGAUGCAAAUGCCUUGGUUGAAGAAGCUGAACGCUCUUUGUUGCUAAAUGUGGAAGGUCGUGAAGAUGGGGGUGCAUCCAUGGGGAUGAAAAGUCAAGAAAUUGAUCAAGAUGUAGAGAGAUGGGAAUCAGUAAAAGCAGCAUCAAUUUCUGCCGUUGUUGGUACCAUUUCAGGGCUCCCCAUAUGCUUCACUCAGGUCACCAACACAACUCAGCUGCUUCUCCCUUUAUCAAUCAACUUUAUUUGCUGUGCAUUAUUUGGACUGACUUUUCGAUACACUAUAAGGAGAAACGUGGAUGAUGUUCAGCUUAAGACAGGGUUAGCAGCAGCUUUUGGUGUAGUUAAAGGUCUUGCAACCCUAGGCGGUGGACCACUUCUUGAAUUGAACUUCGAAAGUUUCUUAUCGCAUGCCCAGGAUGGGACGAUUUAUGUAUCUGAGAAUCUUUUGAUGUUUGUUUCAGCUGUUGUUGCUCUAGAUUACUGUUUAAAGACAAGGCUUUUGGGCCCUUUUCCAAUUGAUAGAUCAUAGCUUAAAUUCGAAUUAAUUUUUUCAGCUAUCAUAGCAAAUGGACAUUGAUAAAUUUGUUGCUAUUGUUUCAAAUUACUAAAUAUUAAUAGUCCGUUCCAUUCCAUCAAAAACCUUACUGAGUCUGUUAUAUCCCAAAAAUUUCAAUUUUUCUUAGCUAUGUUUGAAAAGUUUGAUUUCUUCUAGUUUUGCUAGAGCAUGUAGGGCGGAUUUUCUAAGGAAAACAAACUCUAGUGAGGGGUGAACAUCAACCCAUAGAUGCUAGAACUGCAUGGUACUGGUUGAGAGGCAAAAUGGUGGAUACACAGUUGGGGGGACAACACAGACAGUGGUCCUAUGGAAGAGGCACAGGCAAAGGAGUGAGAACUAGAGGGUUUGAUGGUGGCAUGCUUGACGGACCAGUUGGGUCAUCAAAGAAAAGGCCAUGGGUAGCUCUAGGCAAGGCACAACGAUGCAAUUUAGGGGUAGUUCUGUGAAAAUUAGUGCUGUUGAUUUUAGCAAUGUAACACAAUAGUUGAAUUGAGAUGGUCUCACAGCUGAGAUUCGAUAAUGAGGCACCUGGAUGAUAAAGCUUUCUUUCAAGACCAGUUGAGGCUUACAGUGACCAUUGUUGUGAGUAGAGGAGUAUCAAAGCAUACAUGACAAGUAUUCUUUCGAGCUAGCUAAGAGUAGAGUGAAUUUUUAACUCUUGGAUUUUGUUGUGUUAGAAGUAGAGCUAAGUUUGUCUGUAUUGCCGAAAGAAUUUUGUAUUGUGUUGUGUUGUCAGUGUUGAGUGCUCUCAUAUGGCCUCGUGCAUUCAUCUCUCGAUCUCCUAUGUUUUUUCUUGAAUCCAUGGGGUGCAGUUGGACCCUUGGACUGAUAAUUUAGUUUUUCUAAUAAAAAUUCGUACUUUCAAUGUUUUAUUCAGUUUGGUUGACUUAUUAAACCUGUAUU